UACAUACAUACAAACGAUCGAAUUGAAUGAUCAUGAUGAGCACGCACUAGUACUGUAUAUAUUAGGGUUCUUUGCACUUUGUUACCCUAGCUAAUUUCUAAUUAAUUGAUUAACAGAUCUUAGAGGCCGCAGCCAUCAUGAGUAGAGGUGAGAGCUAUGGUGGCGGGCAAAGUUCCUUGGGCUACCUCUUUGGCUCUGAUCAUCAUGAUGAUCAGAAACCCAGUACUGUCUGUCCUCCCAGCACACGGACUUGUAACCCACCUCCAUAUGGUAUCGAUACCAGUGCUGUCGAUCAGAAGCCUCCCGCUGGUCAUUCUCCUACAGAGAAAGAAAAGGUGUCAAACAACAAUUAUCACCGAGCUCAAGGCCAAAACUCAGGAAACUUCAUAACUGAUCGUCCUUCAACAAAAGUCAAAUCUGUUCCAGGUGGAGAUUCCUCUCUUGGUUACUUGUUUGGAGAUAAGUAAUAUUAACCCCUUUCUCCAAACUUCAGCUCUAAUAUGGGAUUUGAUGUAGCUUUUAUCUGGGUUUCGAUUAGUAUAUAUGUUUUAAAAUAAGGGACAGUCCCCAGAAGGGUUUGGAUUUACAUAGGUCCUAGCUAAUUUGUGUAUGGUGUUUGAUUUUCUUAUAGAUUGUACGUGUGUAAUGAUAUCUGCAGAUAGUUCA